GUCGGCAGCGAAUGCCAAUAAUCAAAAAAUCACAAUUAAUUGAGUGCGCGCCGGCUGAGAGGAACAGAAAAUGCUGUUAAAGUGUUACUCGUUCAAGUUAUUACUGCUGCUGUUAGGUGCUGUUGUGGCGCCAGCUGUUGCUACACCCAAUUUUCGGCAUUUUUGUCAAAAUUGUGAAGAGGAAGUGUGGGAAGAGGUGCCAUGCCCUGAGAUUACUACCACCACUAGCACAACCACAACUACUACGGCACCACCAACUACGCCUCUACCCACAACACGGCGACCUUAUACCACGGCGUAUGAAUAUGCUAAGAGGACAACAACAACAAAGCGGCCGUUGGUAUAUAGAACCACCGCUGCACCGCCGGUUGCCGCAACUACCACGCCAUCAUCAGCUUACAAUAAAUGCUAUUAUGAAUGUAAAGUCGGCUGCAAGGAGUUUUGUCGCAAGGUAACGGUAAAUGGUGCUUCCCAAAAACAAAUAACGCAAAUAACUAAAACUUCACAUCGCGUACCAAAUGGUCAGUUUAAUUCAGAGCAUGUGCAUCAGCAUCGAUUCGUGCCCGAUCCUCAAAAACUAUACGCCCCGCCGGUCUUGCCGCCUACAAAACCUGCUAGCGCAACGCACUUUGAUUAUCCCCAAGAACCUGCCACAGAACCAAUUCGCCGAUACGCACAACCAAAUCUGGCUUACAAAGUGCAAUCAGCCGUUCCACACGCACCCAUUGUCCAUAUGCCCACACAACCACUUCCAGUAUCAUACCCGCAGCAAUUGCCUAACGUAUAUGACGAAGCCAAGGUCACCAAUAUAUAUCCAGAUGCUUUAUUAAAGUCCAGCUAUUCAGUGGAUGAGCUUACGCAUCUUUUGCAAAUGGAAAACCUUAGUAAAAACAGUGCCACCAGUUACUCCCAACCUGCUGUAUAUUCAACACAAGGCAGCGUACCAUUAACUCCACUUGCGCCGACGCCAAUUUAUCACUCACCUUCGCCGUCGCAUGUUGGUUACUUAUCACCAGCACCACCAUCACCUGCGGCACCAAAAAGUCUAGGAACUUCGUCAACGCCUGAAUAUAAGUCGCCUAACGCAUGCUACAAGACAGAUAAUUAUGCGACAUCCUUGGUUGGAUCUGCAGAAUAUCAAUAUGACAACUAUAUCAAUAAGGUUACCGUGGAGUCGUCCGAGCUUUAUUCAUCUCUACCUGUACUAUCUGCUACCGCUCACGCCUCUAACCACCACCAGAGUUCAUCACCACUGCACUAUCAUAGCGCCUACAGCAAUCCGACCGACGAGUAUAUGAAUUCAUCGCCCUAUUUAACUCACUACACGUCACCAGUUACGGGAUAUGAUCCUCUGCCACAGUCGUACGCAGGGUCGUAUUGAUAUGCUAUACUUCGAAUUUUCGAAUGAAAAUUAUUUACUCUUUUUUAAGUUAUUAAUUAUCUUAUUAAGCAUUGUUGUUAAA